UCAUAACUAAGGGCAUUAAUUAGGAAUUAUGCUGAAACAGUGCUUAGGUGAAAACAAGAGUCCAAAGGCUAUGGGUGAGAGGGCUGAAGAUGAUGAAGAAGGUCCUCAGUCAACAGUAGGAGGAGGAGGAGCAGUAGGAGGACUAACCAAUGGAGCCUGUCACUCACCUCAGGCUGGGAGUGUAGUCUCUCCUGACAUGUGUUAUUAUUGUUUUGAUGUUCUCUUAGCUCAUUUAACCCAAUCACCAUCUCCUAGGAGCCCACACUUCUCAAACGAUGAAUAUGCCCUGUUUGUCACCUGGAAGAUUGGACGUGAGAGGCGUCUAAGAGGUUGUAUGGGAACCUUCUCCCCGAGGAAACUCCACCGAGGACUGUCAGAAUAUGCACUGAUCAGUGCAGUGAAGGACAGUCGGUUUGAUCCGGUGGUGAUUGAGGAGCUGCCAAGAUUGGAGUGUGGGAUAUCAUUAUUGACACAUUUUGAAAAAGCAGAGAAUUAUCUUGACUGGGAGAUCGGUACCCACGGGAUUCAAAUUGAGUUCUUGGACGGUAAAACUCUCCGCAAAGCGACCUACCUACCCGAAGUACCUAGAGAACAAGGCUGGACUAAAGAACAGACCAUAGACUCACUCCUUCGCAAAGGAGGCUACCGGCAUUACGUGACUAAGGAGUAUCGAUCAAGUAUCAAACUGAUUCGAUAUCAAAGCGAGAAAUGUGUCGUGACUUAUGACGAGUAUAUCAAAACGAAGAGACGUCAUAAACCAUAUUGAAGAUGGCAGCAAUCUCCUCCUAAUAUUAUAGAAGUAAUUAUUAUUAUUAUUAUUAUUAUUUAUUAUUAUUAUUAUUAAUUACACGCACCACUUGUAGUAUAUGAUAUUCAGUUUAUUAAAGAAGCUAGCAGUUAUUAACUAUUUAUAA